AUAAUCAUCUCCAAUUCUCGCAGCACGGUCAGGAACACGUUUGAGGUUUGACGACCGACUCUGGGCCGGACCGGGAAUAGAAAAAGAAAUGAUAAAAGAAACAAAGUUCGAAAUGUUGAUGACGCCCUCACUCAUCAGCCCCUCCGGAGUCUGAAAGAAUCGCCUUUCUUUUGGUGCAAUGAUUCGCUGUGUGGUCCACUCCCCGCAAGAAGAACACAAGCAAAGCAAGCAAGCAAGCUACCGCCUCCCUUGACGUAUAUAUACACAGGUGUGCAUUUGACUUGUAGCACACAAGGAGCCACUGAGCCAGCCAGCCAGCCAGUCGCCAUUGAUUCUUCGGUCCGUGCUGCCCUCCCUCCAACCUGUCCCAGCUUAUCCAGGAAGGCACAGCCUCAAAACUCAGCAACAACAAAGCAAAGCUAAGCAGGGGACUCGAGAAGGAAGAGGCCAGGGAACCUUAUUCUCCACCCCAACUCCCACCCCUCGCUUCACUUGCGGCAGCUAGCAAAGCUCGGAUUUUCCCCCUCCUCCCGACUUCGUCAAUUCGGUCUUGCACAAGCACAAUGUUCCAAGGGUGCGGCCUGUUCGCGUGCGUCCGGCGGCGCGGCGCGGACGUCAGGAAGCGUGGCGAGGCCGGCACGGCCAGCUCGCGGGUGGCCGCGGAGCCCCCACUGGGAUGGGAUGAGGAGCUCGAAGUGGAAGUCCCGGCGGCGGCGGCGGCGAGGCAGAUGGCGUGGGCGGAGGUGGAGUCCGCGACGGGUUCCUUCUCGUUCCGCGUGAUCGGGCGCGGCGGGUUCAGCACCGUGUACCUGGCCGCGCUCUCCUCGUCCCGCCUGGGCGCCGUCAAGGUCGUCCAGCACUGCGGCAGCGAGCGCCACAGCCGCGCCUUCCGGCAGGAGCUCGACGUGCUCCUCACGCUCCGCCACCCGCACGUCGUCCGCCUCCUCGGCUACAACUGCGACGAGCGGGACGAAGGCGUGCUCGUCUUCGAGUACGCGCCCAACGGCGACCUCCACGAGAGUCUCCACGGCCGAGGCGCCGACAACGCGCUGCUGCCGUGGCCGCGGCGCGUGGCGAUCGCGUUCCAGGUGGGCAUGGCGCUCGAGUACCUCCACGACGAGAGCAGCAGCCGCGAAGUCAUAAUUCACGGGGACAUCAAGGCCUCCAACGUCCUCCUCGACGCCAACAUGGACGCCAAGCUCUGCGACUUCGGCUUCGCGCAAUCCUCCUCCGGCGGCGUUAAGGCCCAUCGGGCCGGCGGCGGCAGGCCGUCGGGCCGGGCCAUCAUGGGCUCCCCGGGCUACGUGGACCCGCACCUCCUCCGCACCGGCGUGGCCAGCAAGGCGAGCGACGUGUACAGCUUCGGCGUCCUGCUGCUGGAGCUCGUGAGCGGAAGGGAGGCCGUGUGCCGCGAGACCGGGCGCCGCCUCACCCAGGUGGUGGGCCCCGCCGUCAGCGAGGGGAAGGUGGCUGACGUGGUGGACCCGAGGCUCGGGCAGCAGCACGAGGCCGGGGAAGCCAGCGUCAUCGCGGAGCUCGCCAUGCGGUGCGUCGGCGACAGCCCCGGGCUCAGGCCGUCCAUGGCGGACGCGGUGCGCGUGCUCCAGGAGAAGACCUCCGCGCUGCUCUGCGCCGUCGGAUCCAGACUGGACCGCAAGAUCAUGUUUUAGCCUUUGGGCCCACCGUGCGGCGUCGUCCAUUUUCCCUUUGUGAAUAGUGAAUUGAUUAGUGACUACUAGUGGUGUGUUAGGGUAGGUAGAAGCAGAAUGUGUGCACAGCAGUGUGAGAGCAAAGCAGAUUAGUUUAAGCACAUAUAUUCGGAUUAGGUAGAAAAAUUUUGUGGCAUCAUGGCAUCAUGUAGCACCAGUCGUAUGGCAAUAGUGGUUCAGCAAUCAAAUUAUGACCUUGUGAUCGCGCGUAUUAGGUGUGGGAUGGGUGAUUUUAUUAGGAUUAGGACGCUUUGUCAGAUGGUUGGUGGAGGACAAGCAAUAUACAGUACUUUGCACA